GCGAAGGGUGUCUAGCCCUGGUGCAGCGGAGGGGUGGGUGAGCGUCUGCCGUGCUCCCGCCGUGGCAGCUGGCAUCCUCCGGUGCUCUAACCCAGGUCCUUGCAGGACCCGUAAGAAUAACUCCGGAGGGGUUUUCACUGGCCCCACGAGAGGCUGGUCCUGGUGCCCUUCGGGCCUCCGGGGAGGCGCUCUGAGCCCGAGCACCGGCCGGGUUCCGCCCCGCCGCGUCUAGAACCCCGGAUCCGAGGGCGAACCGCAGGGAAAAGCGCUGGACCCAUGGCGCCGCCCCGGGCCCCGCGCCUCGCCGGCGGGCAGGGACACACCCGGUCCGGGCGAGGGAGGCCAGGCGCCGUGAGCUUCGCGGACGUGGCCGUGUAUUUCUCCCCGGACGAGUGGGGCUGUCUGCGGCCCGCGCAGAGGGCCCUGUACCGGGACGUGAUGCGGGAGACCUAUGGCCACCUGGGCGCGCUCGGAUUCGCAGGCCCCAAACCUGCCCUCAUCUCCUGGCUGGAGAGAAAGAAGGAGGUGUGGAGCCCGGAGGCCGAGGAUCCCGAGGAGGGGGCGAGGCACCCAGGAUCUGGGAUAGAAACCAAGAAAAAGAAUGGAGCCAGCAGCAAAAGCGGGGCCAAGGGGCAUGAGGGUGUCCCUGUGAAGAAGGCCAGGCUGGUUCCUGGUUUCAGGAACUGCAGCCGUCCAUUGGCUCAGCUGUCCACAGACACUGGGCCGCCAUGCAACAAGACUCCCAAGAGGCCCUACCCGUGCCUGGAAUGCAGCCGUUCUUUCAGCUACCCCUCCCUCCUAGCCAGCCACCAGCGGGUCCACUCGGGGGAACGGCCCUUUCCCUGCGACCAGUGUGGACGUUGCUUCCGCCAAAGAGGCAACCUGGCUGUCCAUAUGCGCAUCCAUACAGGGGAGAAGCCCUUCUCCUGCCCAGACUGUGGGAGGCUCUUUGCCUACCCCUCGAUGCUGGUCAGACAUCGGCGAAUCCACUCUGGAGACCGUCCAUAUGUCUGUGGGCCUUGUGGGCUUCAGUUCUCCCAGAGGGCUCACCUCGUCCAGCACCAGCUGCUUCAUACGGGGGACAAGCCGUAUUCAUGUCCAGAUUGUGGCCGCUGCUUCCGCCAGACUGGGGCCCUGGCCAUCCACAGGCACAGACAUGGGGGGGAGAAGCCGUACGUGUGCACUGAGUGUGGACGCCACUUUACACACCCUUCCCUCUUAGCUAUCCACCAGCGUACCCAUACUAGGAAGAAGCCCCAUAUCUGUUCAGACUGCGGUCGGGGCUUCGCCUACCCCUCCCUUCUGACCAAUCACCAGCGGGUCCACUCCGGUGAGCGCCCCUACCCUUGUGCCCACUGCAGUGCCCGCUUUGCCCAGCAAAAUAACCUGCUCCAGCAUCAGCUCAUUCACACUGGGGAAAAGCCCUAUGAGUGCCCUGACUGUGGCCGCUGUUUCCGGCAGAGCGGCUCUCUGGCGAUCCACAGACGCACACAUACAGGGGAGAAGCCCUACUCCUGCCCCGAGUGUGGGCACCAAUUUACCUUGUCCUGUGUCCUCAACAGCCAUAGGCGCAUCCAUUCUGUUGAGAGGCCUUUCCCUUGUUCCCAGUGUGGGAAAACCUUUAAACAAAAGAGUGCCCUGGAAGCCCACCAAUGGACCCAUCAUACAAGCAGGACAAGUCAGAGGGGUGGCAGACCUCUGUUACCACCUCCAGCCCACGCCCGUGUCCCUGAGGGUCAGGAACCAUCAGUACACUUCCGACAUUUUCCCGAUAUGUUCCAGUAGUGCGAGUGUCAGCUCCGGGUGUCCCCUAACUCUAAAUCUCAGAACAAAUUUCAGCUUAGACCAGGAGCCAGAAUGUAAGAGGAAGAUCAUAGGCUUUGAACCAGUUUAUCUCUUGUUCGAUCUUGGCUCAUCCCUCGCAUCAUCAUCUCUCUGACUAUAAAAUGAGUACAUUAAUACUGCCCCCAAGGUGGUUGUGAGGAUUAAAUAAUAUAUAUUCAGUUAAAACUGUCCAGUACAAUAUUUCUCACUUGUGUAUAUCCUUCCAAGCUUUGCACAUUAGAGUUGUUUGAAUACUGAGGACAGCCUCACCCAAUCUCCCCUGCUGAAAACAGCUUUUAAUGUAAAUUUCCUAGCUCCUUCAUAUGUUACAGCAAGUUAGAAAGUAUUAUUGCCUUAUUUUUUCCUGAAGUGAUUCACAAUGCUUAUUUUUUCUUGGGCUCAACUCAGAGGGGAGAGACGGCCUCAUAAUUCCCUGGAGCGUGUCACUGUGGCUUAGGCACCCAGACCUUUGCUUAUAUAUUAGGUGUCUCUCUCACCAGGUUGUAAGCACCACCGAGAGCAGGAACCCUUAGUGCCACCUCUUUCCAGUCCCCAGCAUUAUGUUUGGAGAUGGCACGUUUAAUCAUCAUCAGACACGGAGACCUGCAGGUGCUCUGGGACUAAACCUUGGGUCCAACCCAGCGGACACCCGAGGAUCUGGAAGGCUGUGGACAGCCAUGUAACCUCCAUGGCCGGGGAGACUUUGUUUAGCUCCCUGCUCUGCACCCAGCUCUUAG